AUGCUCGGUAUCACCUUUCUGGCCUUCGCCCACCUUUGUUUGACUUGUCUGCUACUGCAUCUUCUCGCGGCGGGAUGGAUGCCGUAUGAGGCCUUUCCACACACCCAAGGCGACGCAGCCGAUUCCCGCGAUCUCACCGCGGCGGAUGCGCGGAAUCGUGCACAUCUCCUCACGAGUGCGCGUUUCCAUUUUGUUAUGGCCGCCCUCACCUUCCUCACGUUACGAUACUUCACGACGGCGCCGUAUGGGCGACAUGCGGGGAAAACACGCUUGGGGUGGUCCUACCCCGCGAGGCUCGCCUGGCUUCUUCAGGAGGUCCCGACGCUGCUGAAUGUGGGGUAUUUCAUCCUUUUCGAGUUCCCACGCCAGCGCUCUCGCUGGCGGCGGGGAUGGGGGGAUUCCGAAACCACCGGGAUGCGGAUCGGGAUCGAGGCGGUCGGUCGAUUUCAGGUUUCCAUCCUGUUGUUUGUUAUUCAUUACGCGCAUCGCGUGCUCGUCUACCCUUUGGUCGUCCCGCCGAGGGCCUCCCGUGUUCCCGUGCACGUGGUGUGGUCGGCUACCCUUUAUUGUUUAUUCAACGGCAGGCUACAGCUCCUCGCGAGUUUGAUCCCGCUUCGCGCCUGCCGAAUCUGGGGUUUGUCAGGUGUAGAAGGGGGUUCUUUAUUCCACCUCGGUUCCUUCGUUUCCGGGCUCGUUCGUCCUUCGCCACCCCCGGCAUCGUUCGCAUGGAGUGCGCCUCAAGGAGCUCCGAUGGGGAGCCCCAAGUCGUUAUUUUUGGGCAACGCGGAGCGCGUGUGUUGCGGGGUGGCCUUUUUAAUUGGAAUGUACCUCUUCUUUAAAGGCUUUUUGGUUAAUAUUCGGUCGGACUACUACCUCACGCGGCUCAAAAGGCACUCGUCGGAGUACCAAAUCCCCUGCGGGGACUGGUUUGAGCGGCUUAGUUGCCCGAACUUCUUUGGGGAAAUGUUGGAGUGGACGGGGUACGCGUUGGUCGUCGGGAGUUGCUCUUUUCUGACGUCGGGAGGAGGAUGGGGCGCCACCCCGGCGCUGGCGGCGUGUAGCUUUACAGUGUACGUAUUUGCCAACCUAAUUCCACGUGGUGUAGCACACCACGAAUGGUACCUAGACAAAUUUGGGCCUGCCUACGCUAAGUUGAAUCGCAACGCUGUGUUACCAGGGAUUUUGUAG